AUGGGAUAUGCACUAACAGAGGCAACAUUUAACUACUACAGGGGCGAAUUACGAAGAACAGAUAGAGCAGCUUUGGAGUGGAUUGACAAUAUUCCCAGAGCGAAGUGGUCGAGGGCGUUUGACGGAGGACAGCGGUGGGGACACAUGACCACAAAUUUAGCCGAAUCUAUGAACUCGGUACUUAAGGCUACCCGAAACCUUCCUAUUACAGCAUUGGUCAAGUCAACGUACUAUCGUCUAGGAUCGCUGUUUGGAAAACGAGGACACGAUUGGACAAAACUGUUGGCAUCCGGUCAAACUUUCACGAAAAACUGUAUCAAGGGAAUGGCCGACGAGGCUAUUAAAUCUAGCAGUCAUAACGUCAUUCAAUUUGAUCGCGAGAGAUUCUGUUUUAUGGUUGCCGAAUGCAUUAACCAACGCGAUGGCCGACCAUUAGGUACUUUUAGCGUUGAUCUCAGGAGAGGGUGGUGCGAUUGUGGGAGGUUUCAGGCAUUUCAUUUACCUUGCUCUCAUGUAAUCGCAGCAUGUGCCAGUAUACGACAGGACCAUAACAUGCACAUACCAGAUGUUUUCAAAGUUCUAAGUGUAUUCAAAGUAUACAGCCAAAGCUUCCUUGGACUACCACACCAGCAAAAUUGGCCAACAUAUGAAGGAUUCACUCUUUGCCAUGACGAGACAAUGCGACGAAAUAAGAAAGGGCGUCCAAAUAGUACAAGAAUUACAACUGAAAUGGACGAUUUUGAGAAAGAAAAGAGAAGAUGUGGGAUUUGUCGAGAAAUCGGUCAUAUGCGGAGAAAAUGUCCAAACGUGGCAGGCCCAUCAAAUCGGCCCGUCUAA